CGUGAAAGCGGACGCGCGCCGCGGUGGCGGCGGCGAGGACGGCGGCGACGGCAGCGGCCGAGGGGGCGGUGGCUACGAGUGGGGUGCAGAGCAGGCGGAAGAGGCGUCUGAGCCGGCGGCCAGGUCGCCCAGGAACAUCGUUGGGAUCAGCGACUAUCAUCAGCUCUACAAGAUGAGUAACAGCCACCCUCUUCGCCCCUUUACUGCAGUGGGGGAAAUUGAUCAUGUGCACAUUUUGUCUGAACAUAUUGGUGCCUUGUUAAUUGGGGAAGAAUAUGGUGACGUCACAUUUGUUGUGGAAAAGAAACGAUUUCCUGCCCACAGGGUAAUUUUAGCGGCCAGGUGCCACUAUUUUCGAGCAUUACUGUAUGGUGGAAUGCGAGAGUCUCAGCCUGAAGCAGAAAUCCCUCUCCAAGACACCACUGCAGACGCAUUCACAAUGCUACUCAAAUACAUCUACACUGGGCGGGCGACGCUGACAGAUGAGAAGGAAGAGGUGCUGCUGGACUUUUUGAGCCUAGCUCAUAAAUAUGGAUUUCCAGAGCUGGAGGAUUCUACCUCUGAGUAUCUCUGUACCAUACUUAACAUUCAGAAUGUCUGUAUGACUUUUGAUGUUGCCAGUCUCUACUCGCUUCCCAAGUUAACUUGUAUGUGCUGCAUGUUCAUGGACAGGAAUGCUCAGGAGGUGCUCUCAAGUGAAGGUUUCCUCUCCCUUUCUAAGACAGCACUUUUAAACAUCGUAUUAAGAGAUUCAUUUGCAGCUCCUGAAAAAGAUAUUUUCCUAGCCUUGUUAAACUGGUGUAAACACAAUUCAAAGGAGAAUCAUGCUGAAAUCAUGCAGGCUGUGCGUUUGCCUCUGAUGAGCCUCACUGAACUUCUGAAUGUUGUGAGGCCUUCGGGACUCUUGUCUCCUGAUGCCAUUCUGGAUGCUAUUAAAGUACGAUCAGAGAGCCGGGAUAUGGACCUCAAUUAUAGAGGCAUGCUCAUACCAGAAGAAAACAUUGCAACCAUGAAGUAUGGAGCCCAGGUUGUUAAAGGGGAGCUGAAGUCUGCCUUAUUAGAUGGUGACACUCAAAAUUAUGAUUUGGAUCAUGGAUUUUCUAGGCACCCAAUUGAUGAUGACUGCCGUUCAGGCAUCGAAAUUAAGCUAGGUCAGCCAUCCAUUAUCAAUCACAUACGGAUACUCCUGUGGGACCGGGAUAGCCGGUCUUAUUCGUACUUCAUUGAAGUAUCAAUGGAUGAACUUGACUGGAUCAGAGUGAUAGAUCAUUCUCAAUAUCUGUGUCGUUCUUGGCAAAAGUUAUAUUUUCCGGCCCGUGUCUGCAGGUAUAUUCGAAUCGUUGGGACUCACAACACAGUGAACAAGAUUUUUCACAUUGUGGCUUUUGAAUGUAUGUUUACAAACAAAACCUUCACUCUCGAGAAGGGACUGAUAGUUCCCAUGGAGAAUAUUGCAACAAUUUCUGAUUGUGCCAGUGUGAUUGAAGGAGUCAGUCGGAGCCGAAAUGCCUUGCUGAAUGGGGACACUAAGAAUUAUGAUUGGGAUUCUGGCUACACAUGUCACCAGCUAGGAAGCGGUGCGAUUGUGGUUCAGCUGGCACAGCCAUACAUGAUUGGGUCAAUACGGUUACUGCUCUGGGACUGUGAUGAUCGAAGCUAUAGCUACUACGUCGAGGUUUCUACCAACCAGCAACAGUGGACAAUGGUUGCCGACAGAACUAAAGUCUCCUGCAAGUCCUGGCAGUCAGUAACUUUUGAGAGACAGCCUGCCUCCUUCAUCCGAAUCGUUGGAACACACAACACAGCAAAUGAGGUGUUCCACUGUGUCCACUUCGAGUGCCCAGAGCAGCAGAACAGCCAUCAGGAGGAAACCAGCGAGGACUCGGGGACCGGGGACACCAGCCUGGCGGGUCCGCAGCUGGACCCACACGCCCUGCGGGCCCCCAGCAGCGGCUCGCUGCCCCCCAGCCCCCGCUCCAACUCGCGCUCGCCCCACCGGCAGCACCAAUAAAGGAGGCAGGGGCCUGGUGUGACCCGGUGGGCCCAGAAAGCAGCAGGAAACGGCGUGUCCUCCCUGAGCAGGUGCUUUGUUGACUGUCCCCCACCCCAUUCCUGGCUGCAAAAGCCAGAACAGGUUUGCUCCCAAGGACAGAAAGGGGCUGCCUUGUUCUCCUCAAAUGGAUCAGCCAGGCUGGUCUCCGGGGGAGAAACGGGUCCUCAGUCUUCAAGUCCAGCGUCACCGCCCCACCUCUCCGCUCUCGCCAGGCUGGGCCGCAGGACGCAGUGGGCGCGGGCUGGGACACAGCAGGGGACACGCGACUGGCCUGUGGGCUGGAGGCCGCGUUUCCGCACAGCGUUUACUUGCAUGGAACACGUUGCCCUGGCAACUAAGUGAUUUCUUAUUUCUUCUAGUUACUCUCCAUUUGCCGAAUCAUAGGUGUUCCAGAUCUUUUGGAAAUGCUCUAACAGCAGAUCACUUGUUUUAAUCCCUUUUGACGCUGUAAUUUCCCUCCCCUGGUUUUGCACGGGGAGGCAGGGACCACGCACCUCUCCUCGUGACAGGCACACGCGGCGGUCCCGGCCGAUGAGGACAAGCCUCUGAGGAGGUUCAGCAAAAUACACAAAAUACGAGCAGAGCAGCCUGUGGACAGAGUAAUAAUUACUCGAAUCACCGAGUUAUUAACCUUUCAUUCCUGAAACGCGCCCGGCCUGCGAGCUGGGGAGGCUGACGAGGAGACAGUCGCUGUGCCGCCCGCUGUUUACCGGGCGGCGUCUGCGUGGUACACGUGCCACACGUUCCCGCGUGGCCGCCGGGCUCUGGCCGUGGCUUAGCUGCCCUUGGUUCAGCUCCGGGGGCAGCCCCUGCCCGGCAGCGCCCCGCGUGCGGGGGGACCUCUGCGGCUGGCGGCGGCCGCCCGGCCCUGCGCCCCGGCGCUCAGCGGGUGGAGAGCAGCUUUUCUCCCAGUCCCCACCGCAGGGCUCUCAUCUGACUGCCGUGGCUUGGUCCGGCUCUGGCUGGGUCUCCAUCCUAGUGCCCCUGCCCGGGGUCACUGCUCGGCCACUGUCUGCCCCCCUGCUGUCCCCAGACUCCCGCCGCCUCCAGACAGUGCGGACAAGAAGGGCCCCGGGUCCUCGGUGGUCCCGCCACCCUGCUGAGAGGGGGUGAGGGCUCAGGCUUGCUUCCUGGCAUCUCAAAGACACGUUGGCUGGGUGUGUAGGAAGAGCCGGCGGGUCAGCCGUUUUCUCCUAGUUUGACUUAGUUUUGAGUGAUUUGUCCAUAUUGACAUAGGGGGCGGCAUCAAACCGUGUGAUUGAACAAACGGUUGUCUUUCUGCCUGAGCACAGAGCGGCAGCAAGCAGAGGGUCACCGGGUGGGGAAGAGCUGCUCCGGGGGCAGAAGCCACGGUCCCCUCUCCCCCGGCUCUGUGUGUGGGUGAGCGGAUGCCCCCGCCCACUGUGCCGGGCAUCCCAUAAUGAGAGGAGGUGCCAGUGACAAAUGGCAGAUGGUGGGGUGCCUGCUGGGCCCCUGCUGCGUGGUCACUGCCUCUGUCAGCAUCCAGCAGUCACCGGCUGGCACAGAGCUCCUGCCCCUCAGCACUGCCCCACACCGUGCGUCCCCUUCCCAGAUGGGGACAGAGGAGCCAGGUCAGGCAUAUCGAGGGCAGAGUUCAAAUGACUUGAAAGAUCUGUUCAAGGACCUCUUUUUAGACAUGGAAGCGCCUGUCCAGGGGCCCCAGGCCUGGAGCGCACUUCCGACCUGGGGACCAGCGGCGGCUGGCGCACAGCCAGCAGCUGCAGGGACACGUAGGGCACCAGGCCCACAGCAGCAGCUCCUGCGGCACGGUGGCCGCCUCCCUCCCGGCUUCGGCAGUUUCCUUUGCCGUAUGCACCGCCAGAUCUCUCUCCCUCCUGUCUUCCAGCACUUUAAAGAUGCCCCUUAUUAUCAGAUACAGAAGGAAGGGGACAACGGGGUGGGACGUCAGCGGGGAGGACCGAGGGCAGGGUCACACCCCACACCAGCUGUGGGAGCCUGGUCUCUCUGCUCCCUUGCCAGGCUGGGCGAGCGCCCUUGAUGGGCCUUCUGGUUCGAGGCAGGAGGCUCUUGCACACACAGCUGGGCCCGGACACCAGCCAGGGGCGUCACAGCAGACACAGGGCGAGGGAUGGUGGGUGAGAAAGGUCCCCAGACGGCCUACAGAAAUGGGAUGUUGCCAGAACCCCCGCCUUCAUUUUAUAGCAUGCUUUUUGGGAGAGUAGAAAGAAAACCUCAUUGGGGCUUUUGGGGAAAGCCUUCAAAGUCACCUUUGGCAGCUCCUGGGAGGCCCAUCUGGGGUGGACUGAGCCACCCCGAGCAGCGCAGCCCCAGCAGCUGGCUCCCCCGGGGCAGUGUUAGGGGCGGGCCUCGCGGAGAGCACCUUGGACGUGGACAAAAACAUGAAAACAGCUGUGGAGACAUCGCUCUCACACACACACACUUGCUUUCCAUUUUCUGAGUGCUUUUUCUGUUUUGUUCUUCUGAUUUUAGUUAGAACCAUGAGCUGUGACGGAUGUGGGACUCUUCUCAAUUGCUCUUUAAAUUAUCACUUUUUAAAUCUUAUUAAAUGAAGUGUCGAUUCCUGAAAAAUA